AUGGCAUCCCGGCUCUGCACGGAGGAGGUCACGAAGCCGGUGCCACUGCCCGCAUGGGCAUUGCCGGCGGAUGCGGCCGCCGGUCGUGUAGUUGGCACACCGCCCGAGCAGAAGCUCCGGACCAAGAGCUACGAGCUGGUGCCGCCUUGGGCCGUGGAGAGUGACACUGGCCCGCCUCAGAGCGCAGGCCGCGGCAGCCGCGGGACUCGCCUAGAGGAGGCAGCGCUCAAGGCCCAGGAGGUGGCGCGCAACGUGGAGGCUGCUUCGCACUUGGAUCUCAAGAAGAUUAAGGCCAACCCGCAUGUGAUCAUUCCGCAAGGCUUGACCUCGAGGCGCACGCCGCGGACGCCGAAGCAGGUCGAGUUGCCGGCCUGGCAGGAAGGCGCCCUUGCGCCAGACCGGGCAGCGGAGCUGACGCGCGCAGGCCAGCUGGCAACAUCUUCUUUGGAGGCGGCGGAGCAGGCGCGGAGGCUGCUGAAACAGAAGGAGCUGGAGCUCUCCCCGCGCGUGGGGGCCCCAUGGACCGACAUGGACCUGUAG